CAGCGGGAAGGGGGGUGAGGGUUUGCAAGUCGGACCGCCGACAGAUGGCGUACCCGGGGGCCAGGGCCCAUUUUGAGGCCAGGACCCAUUUUGGGGCCAGUAAUAAUGGAAUUUAUAAUAUAUAUUUAUUUUAGAAUCUUUAUAAUUUUUUCAAACCUUGUCGAUUUGGAAUAUCUAAAUUUAUGUUGAUUUAUACAAGGAUAUACACAAUAAAGGAAAAGCUCAAGUGCUGAGGGGUCUUUUAGAUUCUUAGUUUUUCACCAUAUGAAAUUGGCUUUGGUUGUUGAAACAUGGAAGGUGUGAAGUUAAUCUAUAUUUUCCGAAUAUUGUAACUUCGUUGCUUUGCUCUGCUGACUGACGACAGUGUGUCUGUCCAAGAAGCAUCCUCCAAGCGGGUUUUGUUUAGUCUAAACCAAUCAACAUGCAAGUAGCUUAAUCUAAACCACAGAGCAGCUGAAUUUGUGUCAACGCAUCAUGAGCAGUUUUAACAGGCAAACAUGCAGCCGCAACUUAUAAAACACACUGCCUUAAAGUUAUGAUGAUCUGCAAAAUACCUUUCCACUGCGGUGAAAGUUUGCAAGGAAAACCUGUAGAAGAUAUUUUACAUAUUCAAACAUUUUUAGAAUGAAGUCGGGUCAUUAAUGAAUAAUUUGUAUGCCUUAUUUCAAGGCAAAUAUCCCUUGGCUUUUUCGUAACCACUUCCUCGAACUAAACUGUCACAUGUGCAUCGUUCAGUCACAGAAUAGGCAGAAGGGUAACUCUCGUCGGUUCCUUUGUUGUUUUUGAAGCCUGAGUCAACAAUAGAAUUCCUCAAUUCCCCUUUAACCUCGAUUUCAUUAGACGAACUUAGCCAUGACAAAUUAUCAUUCAUUCAUAAAAUAUAAACGAAUUAUAACACAUAAUUGAAUUUGUUCACUUUCAUGGGGCAUUUCGUCUCAAAUAAAGUUGUCUACUUUCAUUCUUUUUUAAAUUUCCCCAAAUGAUACAUGCUAAGCCUCGUUUAAGUUAACGCAUGCGCAAAUUUUUUCAGGCUUCACCUGAUAGGCAGCAGUGGAUUACGCCAUCUUUAAUAUCUUGAUGUUAGAUUCAGAAAAUAUUUGAAAAAGUUCGUAGCAAAUCGUAUCUGAAUACCUUUACCUUAACGAGUCUGUAUUUUUAUAAAUCUCUAUCAAUGGCCACCUUUUUCUUGUAAUUUUAGAUACGUCUAUAUAUUUAAAUGAUUUUUUUACAUUAUCAAUUAAAAAUAAACUAUAUUUGAUCCAAUUUCACUCGUAGAGCAUAUUUUUGAACCCUAUGUUUCUUAAUAUGUUGUUUGAUCUUAUGCCAGAUACCUACUGCAUAAACAUUGCAAGCGAGGUCUGCAAAACAGCUCUGGCUCGAUGUCUGUUUUAUUCACCUCGAAGUUGCACGUUAGCGGAGUCGUGCUUUAGGCCAAUAUUUGCCAUUUUCCACGCAUUUAGCUGAACAAACCUCUGCCUGUUAUUUCUCUAUAUAAUCCAUGCGCUUUUGCAGAGCAAAUCCAAUCUCACAUUCAUUGGAUGUUAUUUACAAAGAUGAUAGAAGAAGUCAUUUUAUCGCUCGCAUUUACACGUUUUGUUUAUCGAUAAGGUUCGUUGCAAUGAAUUUUAGUUGUUUUGUAUUCGUUUCAAGUAUCCUUGUUAUACUUUUGCAUUUCACACCUGUCUAUUGUGUUUAGCUUGGAAAUUAUCAUAUAUAAGAUUGCUUGUCUUGUUUUGUUUCAUCUCUACUUGUUUUUCUUGCAUAUCACACCUGCAAAUUGUGUUUAGUCUGGAUGAGAUAAUAUAUCAUAUUGGUUUCUGAUUACUGGGUGAAACAAGAUGAGCAAAGUUCUUGUUGCUUGUUUCCUGCUAUGGUUGCAUUGCUGUGAAGGGACAAAGCAAAAACUGAAGAAGGGGCUUAAAGACAAAUGCAAACCAAAGAAAAUUCUUCAAAGAAAAGUCGAGAAUGCUGAUUGCUUUGAGAAGGAUUUCAAGCUCCUAUACUUAGAGGCAAAUGGACUUUUUUUGAAAGCGAACCCGAACCAAAAAUCAGAUGGCAUCGUUGAACGGGCUUUGGGCGUCAGCAAACGUGAAAACCUAACAACAAACCAGUUGAAAGUACUGACUGACGUAAUUCACUAUCAAGUUAAUCGAACACCCUUGCUUAAAAGCAGCAGUUCUGGACAGAAGCACAACUCAAGCAAAGCUCAGUAUGAUGUCGUCCAUCUUGGAAGUGAUAUACUUCGCGAGCAAAACAUCCCUAUGCUGCAGAAUUUGAGCGAGAUUUAUCCAAUUGGGGAGAGACUGUUGCAUGAUUUUGAAGUGUUCUCAGAUGCAAAAAUGCGUGAAUUGAAGAACGGCACUUAUGUUUCAUAUGCUGAGAACAUUGCUUUCCAGGCUACAUCGUGCCAUAAAGUAUUUGGAGACAGGGAUUACGCUUUUUUCGGAGAUGAUACCAGUGAAACAAGUGAAAACAUUCAACGCGAUGCAAUACUUCUGCCAACCAGAAAUUUACCAAGCAAUGAAUCAGCGUGUGCAGUGUCUUCUUUGUACUUCAAGAAUUUGCAAACGCUUCUUCGCUCAGAGAAUUCUACAUUUUCUCAAUCAAAUGCCACAAACUUCACACAAUUUGUCAAUAGUCACAUUAUUUCCCUCGCUGUUCUUGGUUCAUCAAGGAAAAAUCUGACAAGCCCAGUCAAAAUAAGACUCAAACACCUCGAAAAGAACAAGAAUCUUGAGAUGAGAGGAGUAUUCUGGAAUUUCAAAAAUGACAGUUAUAAUGGCUAUUGGUCGGAUGCUGGAUGCCAAACUACCCACCAAACUGGCUAUUCGACCACCUUCAAGUGCAACCACUUAACGAAUUUUGCAAUCCUUGUCACAGGAAAGCUCAAGACCAAAAAAAUAUCCAGCGCAGAACAUCUAGCUCUUUCAGUGACGUCAUCUGUGGGCUGUUUUCUAUCAAUGAUUGGUGAAGUUGUUACUCUUGCUAUAUACGCGGUUACAAAAGUCCAAAGCAAAAGACGAUUCAUUUUAAUGAACACUGUACUGUGUCUUCUUUUGGCACAGGCAAUCUUUCUUGCUGGCAUUGAACAAGGAAAAAAGCAAAAGGCUAGUGAAAUAGUUUUGUUACCCUUACUUCCAGUAUACCAACAAUGGAAGACAGUUUAUGGGGUUGUGGGGGGAGCUACCAUUCUACAUGUAGAAUUUCUAAAAAUGUCGGUUAAUGGGCUUUUUUCUAGACAAAACAGAAAAAAAGUAGAAAAUGUUCUUUGUGCAGUUAUUGCUGCCUCUAUCUCAUAUUUCUUUCUUGCCUCCUUCUUUUGGAUGUUAAACAUGGCUAUACAUCUCUACCUGGUAAUCUCGUUUGUUUUCCCUACCAACUUUCGGUUUUGGUAUUUCAUGAUUUCUGGUUACGUUCUUCCUUUAUUCGAGGUUUUAUUGGCGGCAGCUGUAACCCAAGGAAAUGGUUUUGGAAACCCAGAUUUUUGCUGGUUUACGUUUGAUAGUGGUGCAAUUUGGAUCUUUCUUGGCCCUGUAUCUGUCAUAUUGAUGGUGAAUAUCGUUAUUGCUAUCUUGGUGUUGAUAAAAAUGCUGAAAAUGAAGUGCCUUCAAAAUAAGAGGACAAUUGAUAAAACAAAGCAGAUCGUCAGGGCGAUAAUUGUUCUAACUCCAUCACUGGGUCUCACUUGGAUUUUUGGCCUAUUCACAGUUGGAACGGAAAGUGUUGUGAUGCAGUUUGUUUUUGCGAUCCUAAAUUCACUUCAGGGGAUUUUUAUCCUAGUGACCUGCUGUGUUCUCGACAAAAAGGUUAGAGAGGAGUUGCUUGGGAUUCUACGUCAUCCAAAAAGACUUUCUUAUAGAGCUUCAUUGAGGCAAAUAUCUCCAUUACCAUUGGCCGAGUAAAGUAUACACUGCAGUGCAUAGUAUCUUACAACAUUAAAAAAAAAGUCAAAGAAGCAGAAGAAUCAAGAAUAUCUACUGGUGGAAGCCUUUGUUUAUCUGUUAAUAAACAAACAAUAAAAAGUUACUAAAACAGUUGCAAAGUACUUUUAGUGGAUCAUAGCCUGUUUGCUUCCGAGUCCUUGCUCUUAAUUGCUUCAAGCCUUAAGCCUUAAUAAGGUGAAUAGAAUAUUCUAUACACCUUAUCGUUCCCUUUAAGCUACGACAGUUGAUCCUCAAGAUAAAAUAGUCGUAGACGAUGUUGUGAGAUGCAAAAAGCUGCAAACGAUGCUUGUUAUGAUAAAAUAACUGCAGUCAAUUUUCUUCUGUUUAGAACAUUCAUCUAUUUAUUAUAUUUUUCCUGGAAAUUAUGAGAAGAAGGCAACUCCAAAAAACAGGCAGGAAUGAUUCAUAAUAUCUUUCAAAUUAAAUUUUGUUGACAAAACCUUAUUUUUGUUGCUGUCAACUUUUAAUUUCGUAUUGCAUCGACUUUGAACUUUACUCGUCACAAAAAUUUCAAAUUGCCUCUACCCAUACAGUAAAUAGAAAAGAAAUUAUAAACUUUGCGAAAAAUUGUUAUCUAUUGAAUAAUACAAGAAUAACUGAUAAAACUAAUAGAAUUGUGAUUUUUACUUAAUAAUUAAUAUUUAAGCUGUAAAUCGAGAGCUCGUUAGUUUUUGUAGAAAUAAUGGGUCUUUGAAGAAUGUUAAUUUUGCUUACAAUGACGUCGAAUAUAGAAAUGGCUUUGAAAAAAAAUAUUUUGCAACAUACUGAAGUUUUUUGUCAGUCACUCUUCAGAGUUUAAAACGUCAAAAUAAGGACCGAAAGUAUAAAAAAAAAAUAUACAAGUCCAGUUUUGGAAUUUUUGAUUAGCUUAGCUUAUUUUUAUCCACAACUGGAUAUACAUUUUCUUUCUUGAAUUUUUCGGUCCUUAUUCUGACAUUUUUUAAUCUGAAGAGUGUCAGACGAUAAAAAGCUUUAGUAUUUUUAGAAUUCGAAUUAAAAUUAUCAAUACUUGUAUGAAUAUUUAUUGUCAGUAGUAUUAGUGGUUAAUAACGUUGCAUUGAUAUACAUGCAUGAUAUUG